AUGGCCGCUGUCAGCCGGCAGGUCCUUGACUGGCACCGCCUGGCCCUCCUGAGCCGGAACCAUCUGGCCCAGCAUCUGCUUCCUUUGCGAAGACAGAGACAGACUGCAGCUGCCUGGCUGCAUCCACUGACUGCAGCCGCUGGUGAGCGAAGCCAUGAGGAGGCAUCUGCUGUUGGAUCCAGAAAGUACACGCGGUGGCCAGAAUGCAGGACAGAUGUCCCUCGAGGUCUCCCAGAGAAGCCAAAGAGUCCUGUGAAAGAAGGGGCCGCGGGGCGGGAGGUCGUCACCCGGGCCCUCGUGGACAUGGGCUUCAACGAUGCCCACAUCGGAGAGCUGCUCAGCAUACAGCCAGGCCCCAGCCCCCAGCAGCUGCUGGGCAUCACCUCGGAGCUGAUCCUCUUGGGUGUGAAUCCAGAACCUGUGUGCGUGGCCCUGAAGAACAGUCCUGAGCUGCUGAAGCUGCCCAUAGAGUGGGUGAAGCGGCGUGCCGGUUACCUGCGGAAGCUGGGCCUCAGUGAAGGGAAGCUGAAGCGGGUGCUGCACUGUUGCCCAGAAAUUUUCACCAUGAGUCAGCGGGACCUGGCCAGCACUGUCCGGGUUCUCCAGGAGAAGUGCCUUUUCACCAUACAGCAGGUGACGGAAGUUUUGCACAGGUGUCCCUACAUUCUUCAAGAGAGCCCCGCUGACCUGGAGUACAAAUUCCAGUAUGCUUAUUUCAGGAUGGGGAUUAAGCACGCAGAUGUGGUGAAGACUGGCUUCUUGCAGUACUCUCUCAUCAGGAUUAAGCAAAGACACAUUUACCUGGAGCGCUUGGGACGCUACCAGACCCCUGAUAAGAAGGGCCAGACGCAGACCCCUAACCCGUUGCUCAAGGACAUCUUCAGAGUCUCUGAAGCCGACUUUCUGGCCAGGACAGCCUGCUCCUCUGCAGAGGAGUUUGAGGUUUUUAAGAAGCUGUUGGCUCGAGAGGAGGAAGAGGGGUGUGAAAGCUACGGGUCUGACCAUGACAAGAAUAUUGGCUUGGAUGAAUACACAGAUGCGGACUUCACAGAUGGAGAGCAAUGA